GGUUAAAUCACCACACCCACUUCGUGUUUUCUGGGUUUCUCAAAAUUGGUGUCACUGCUGAUUCCAAUUUAUAUUAAAAAAAUAUGGAUUUGGAGUUUGCAGUUAAUGGAGAAAGAUUCAAGAUUGAUUCUGUUGAUCCAUCAACCACUUUACUCGAGUUCUUGCGAUUAAACACUCCUUUCAAGAGUGUCAAGCUCGGCUGUGGCGAAGGAGGGUGUGGUGCUUGUCUUGUAGUGUUGUCAAGAUAUGAUCCAGAGUUAGAUCAAGUGAAGGAAUGUAGUAUAAACUCUUGUCUCACUCUUCUCUGUUGUGUAAAUGGAUGUUCAAUUACUACAUCUGAAGGUCUUGGUAAUACAAAGAAAGGAUUUCAUCCGAUACAUAAGCGAUUCGCGGGUUUUCACGCCUCUCAAUGCGGUUUUUGUACACCAGGGAUGUGUAUUUCUUUAUACUCAGCUCUUGCAAAUGCUGAUAAUAACAGUUCAAAAGAGUUUACGGUUUCCGAAGCUGAGAAAUCUGUUUCGGGUAAUCUUUGUCGAUGUACUGGUUAUCGUCCCAUUGUCGAUGCUUGUAAGAGUUUUGCUUCUGAUGUUGAUAUUGAGGACUUGGGGUUUAAUUCCUUUUGGAAAAAAGGAGAAAGUAAAGAGGUUAUGUUGAAGAAUUUGCCUCCUUAUAAUCCCAAAGACCAUCUUGUAACAUUCCCUGAGUUCUUGAAGAAGAAGAAGAAGAAGAAAGAGAUAAAGAAGGUUGAUAAUGGUUUGGAUCAUUCGAGGUAUCGUUGGACCACUCCUUUUAGCGUAGCUGAGCUUCAUAACAUAAUGGAUGCUGCUAACUCUGGAGACUCGUUGAAGUUCGUUGUGGGAAACACGGGUACAGGUUACUACAAAGACGAGGUACGGUUUGAUAGGUAUAUUGAUAUCAGUCACAUUCCGGAGAUGUCAAUGAUCAAGAAAGAUGAGAAAGGAAUUGAAAUUGGAGCAGCUGUUACCAUAUCAAAUGCUAUUGAUGCUUUGGAAGACGAAAGCAAAUCUUCUUAUAUUUUCAAGAAAAUGGCGGCUCAUAUGGAGAGAAUUGGCAACCGUUCUAUCAGGAACUCGGGGAGUAUAGGCGGUAAUCUAGUGAUGGCACAGAGCAGAAAGUUUCCUUCUGAUAUUACCACGUUGUUGCUCGCUGCAGAUGCAUCAGUGUAUAUGUUAAAUGGUAGGAAAACCGAGAAGGUUACGCUACAAGAGUUUCUUGAAUUGUCUCCGAUAUUAGACUCCAUACGCGUUCUUUUAAAGGUUGAGAUUCCAUCAUGGACUUCUCCUUCUGGUGAUGACACUAAAUUUCUCUUUGAAAGCUAUCGAGCCGCACCUCGUUCUAUUGGAAAUGCAUUGCCUUACUUGAACGCUGCUUUCUUGGCUAUAGUGUCUCGCCAAGAACCAUCAAGAAAAGGUGUAACGGUAGAUAGAUGCUUGUUGGCAUUUGGUUCUUGUGGCGGUGAUCAUUCAAUCAGGGCAACAGAAGUGGAGAAUUUCCUCACAGGUAAAUCACUUAGCUACAGUGUUCUAUAUGAAGCUGUUGGUUUACUUAGAGGAAUCAUAGUUCCCGGCAAAGACACCUCGCACUCGGAAUAUAGAAAAAGCUUGGCUGUUGGAUUUCUUUUCGAUUUUUUCUGUCCACUGAUCGAGAAUGGCCAUAGGAACAGCCAUGUCGAUACCGCAAAAUCUCUACCCUUCCUCUCAUCUUCACAACAAGUGUUAGAGAGCAAUGAGUUUCAACCUGUUGGUGAAGCAAUUAUCAAAGUUGGAGCUGCAUUACAAGCUUCUGGUGAGGCGGUUUUUGUUGAUGAUAUACCGACUUUACCGGACUGUUUACAUGGAGCAUUCAUUUAUAGCACAGAGCCUUUAGCUAAGAUAAAAAGCAUAGGCUUCAGAGAGAAUGUGAAUCCUACUGGAGUUUUUGCAGUUCUUACUUUCAAGGAUAUUCCACAACAAGGACAAAACAUUGGUUCCAAGACCCUUUUGGGACCAGGACCUUUAUUUGCAGAUGAACUAACUCGAUGUGCUGGUCAAAGAAUUGCUCUUGUGGUUGCAGACACACAGAAACAUGCAGACAGGGCAGCAAAACUUGCAGUAGUUCAGUAUGAUACAACGAAUUUAGAACAACCGAUAUUAACUGUCGAAGAUGCAGUGAAAAGAUCUAGCUUUUUCGAGGUUCAUCCGAUGUUUUACCCCGAACCAGUCGGUGAUGUUGUAAAAGGAAUGGAAGAAGCUGAGCGAAAGAUAAUCUCGGCCGAGUUGAGGCUGGGGUCACAGUACUUCUUCUAUAUGGAGCCACAAACAGCACUUGCGUUGCCAGAUGAAGACAACUGUGUGAAGGUAUUUAGUUCAUCUCAAGCACCUGAGUACGUGCAUUCGGUUAUCGCUACAUGUCUCGGCAUUCAAGAGCAUAACGUUCGAGUCAUUACCAGAAGAGUUGGAGGUGGCUUUGGUGGUAAAGCUGUUAAGUCAAUGCCUGUUGCAACAGCAUGUGCACUGGGCGCAUACAAAUUGCAACGUCCUGUUAAGAUGUAUCUGAACCGCAAGACCGAUAUGAUAAUGGCUGGAGGAAGGCAUCCAAUGAAAAUAACUUACAAUGUUGGUUUUAGAUCAGAUGGGAAGCUCACAGCACUGGAGCUUACAAUGCUAAUAGAUGCAGGGCUUGAGCCGGACGUAAGUCCAAUCAUGCCGCGGAAUAUAAUGGGUCCGUUAAGGAAGUAUGAUUGGGGAGCUUUGUCAUUUGACGUAAAAGUGUGCAAGACGAAUUGUCCUAGUAGAACGGCGAUGAGAGCUCCCGGGGAAGUACAAGGUUCUUACAUUGCAGAAUCUAUUAUCGAGAAUGUAGCCUCUUCUCUUCAAAUGGAUGUUGAUGCGGUGAGAAAGAUAAAUCUUCAUACUUAUGACAGCCUCAGAAAAUUCUACAAGCACAUUUCUGGUGAUCUUGAUGAAUAUACACUGCCUUUAUUAUGGGACAAGUUGGAGAUAUCUUCGAAAUUCAAAGAAAGAGUUGAGAUGGUGAAGGAGUUUAAUCUUUCUAACGUAUGGCGAAAGAGAGGGAUUUCUCGAGUACCUAUUGUCCAUCAAGUUAUGCAGAGGCCAACCCCGGGGAAAGUGAGCAUUUUAAGUGAUGGUUCUGUUGUGGUUGAGGUUGGAGGAAUUGAGAUAGGGCAAGGAUUGUGGACCAAAGUACAACAGAUGGUUGCUUAUGGUCUCGGUAUGGUUAAAUGCGAAGGAAGCGAAAAGCUCUUGGAGAGAAUACGGGUUGUUCAGUCCGACACACUCGGUAUGAUCCAAGGAGGUUUUACUGCUGGUAGUACGACAUCCGAGAGCAGUUGUGAAGCCGUUAGGCUUUGCUGUGUUAUCUUGGUGGAGAGAUUGAAACCUACAAUGGAUCAGAUGUUAAUGGAGAAGCCGGGUUCCGUGACAUGGAACAUGCUCAUUCAACAGGCGUAUGCUCAGUAUAUUAAUUUAUCAGCGAGUACAUUGUAUAUGCCAGAGUAUUCUACCAUGGAAUACCUCAACUAUGGGGUUGGAGUGAGCGAGGUGGAAGUGGACCUUUUGACAGGAAAAACCGAGAUUUUAAGAUCCGAUAUCAUUUACGACUGCGGAAAAAGUCUUAAUCCUGCAGUUGAUUUAGGACAGACCGAAGGAGCGUUUGUUCAAGGCAUCGGGUUUUUCAUGAUGGAAGAGUACACUACUGAUGAGAAGGGGCUUGUGGUGCAACAAGGCACAUGGGACUACAAAAUUCCUACUGUGGAUACAAUCCCCAAACACUUCAACGUCGAGAUUGUCAACACUGGUCAUCACAAAAACCGCGUUCUCUCCUCCAAAGCAUCGGGUGAGCCGCCAUUGCUUUUAGCGGCUUCUGUUCAUUGUGCAACGAGAUCAGCCAUUAGGGAAGCUCGGAAACAGUCCAUUUCAUCGAACAUCAAUGAUGGGUCUGAUUCGGAAUUUGAGUUACCGGUUCCAGCAACUAUGCCUGUGGUGAAGACUCUUUGCGGAUUGUAUAGUGUAGAGAAAUACUUACAAGGAAAGAUCAAAGGACGAUAAAGGCAAAGCAAGUAAGCAACUCUCGUUGCUGCUAAUUUACAGUGUUACAUAUACUAAAGUUAUUCAGAUUUUAUAUACAGCAAAAAGUAAUUGUUUAAGUGCAGCUUUGUGCAUAACUUAUGGUUUCAAAACCAAAUCAAUAAAUCAAAUAUUGAAUGUUACUGAUUUUAAUCUCAGUUUAUGCUGUUGUUUGGUAGUUGGAAUAGAGUUAUCCUGAUUCU